UGGGACGAAGGCGUCUUUUUUUUGUUUUUUUGCUUUUUGUUUUGGCAUUUGCGCCUUAACAAUCGUCGCCACCCGUCUAAACUGAAAACGAAUAGUGAUUUUAUUUAUCUAUUAACUGCGGCCUUCUCGACGCGCGAAACCUUCGUUUUGCACAUAAAGUGAAAAGAAAACCCGGUUUGCUUAGCAGAGAAAUCGGGGGACCGGCGGCGACCAUGAGGUCUGUGUGAAGGCGGACGUCGUCCGCUCGGCAGGCCGUGACUCCGCCGGCCGCUGGGUGCGUAUCCACUUGGUUGAGCGCUUGCGUUUACGACGGGGCGCCGCGUUUACGACCGGAGUGCGUGCGCGUGGUGGAAAUGGUAGCAAGAUGGCGGCGUUGAAGGAGGAGCAGUGCUACGGGCUGUCCUGUGGAAGAGUGAGCAACGGCAGCAAUGUCUCCGUCUUCCACGUCAAACUCACUGACAGCGCGCUGAAGGCGUUGGAGGGAUACCAGGGCGGCAAGGGUCUGUCAUCACAGCCGCUGAUCCGAUUUACUGGGAACCAAGGGAAAAUCUCAAUACCACGGUCAGAAAAUCCAAAUGAGCUGCGAACAUUUACUUUCUACCUGUCUAAUGUGGGCAGAGAUAACCCCCAGGGAAGCUUCGAUUGCAUCCAGCAGUACAUCACCAGUGAGGGAAACAUUCAGCUGGACUGUCUGGCGGGGAUCCAGGACAAGAUCACCGUAUGUGCUACAGAUGACUCCUACCAGAAGGCCAGGCAAAGCAUGGCCCAGGCCGAGGAGGAGACCCGCAGCAGGGGUGCCAUCGUCAUCAAGCCUGGGGGAAGAUACGUAGGUAAAAAAGUUCAAAUCCGGAAGCCGGCCCCGGGCUUAUCGGACAUUGCCCCAUCGCGACGGACAUCCCGGCCAGUUAUCAUCUCAAGCAGUACGUUGAAGAAAAGCGCAGCACAGCAGAGGCCGCUCCGAGAGCGCCUCACACACCUGCUGGCUCUCAAGCCUUAUAGGAAGCCAGAGCUCAUCCUGAGGCUGCAGAAAGAUGGCCUCUCACAACAAGACAAGGACUCCCUGGACAACCACCUGCAACAGGUGGCGAACCUGAAUGGGAGGGACAACACCUUCACAUUGAAGGACUCCUUGUUUAAGGACAUCCAGAGGGACUGGCCGGGCUACACUGAGGGAGACCAGCAGCUCCUAAAGAGAAUCCUCGUUAGGAAACUAUCCCACUCACAAAACACCCCUGCCACUCCGCCAGAGAACCCGGUGAGCCCUCCCAAAGAGCUGGCCAGCAACUCCCCCUCACAGAAACGGCCUGCUGGAGAGUUCAUCGACCCUCUUGCCAACAAAAAGCCCAGGAUAUCACACAUCGCCAGCAAGGCAGCAGCAGGGCCAAUCAAUGGCAAGCUCGGCUCUUCCAUCGGGAGAGAAGCAGGUGGAACGCAGGCGGGGGCGGCGGUGUCUGUGUCAGACAGUGGUGUGACAUCCAGCUCUCACCAGCUCCCCCUGCUGGACAUACCACGUCCAUUCGACCCACUGUCGGAUGUCAGCAACGACUCCAGUCACAAUGGGCGGGAUUGUGAGGGCCAGGAGGCAGCAGUGUCCGAGAGGCUUGGCCAACUGCCCCCCAUGUUCUCAGGCCCUACGGCGCUCUCUCUGCCCAAUGUUGGCACCUCAUCACCCAGACAUACGGGCCCGGAUGGCCCUCGGGAUAAAAGUCCUCCAUCCCUGCACGGCAAGUCCAAGAAGAAAUCGAAAAAACACAAAGACAAGGAUAAGAGCAAGGAAAAGGAGAAGGACAGAGAGAGGGAGCAAGAGAAAGGGAAGGAGAGGAAAGGAAGUGAGGAACCUGUGCCUGAGCCUAAAAGGACCUGUGAGAUCAGUUCCAGCCCUGAGAACCUGAAAAGCAGCAGUAUUCCACACAGAAGCACAGAUCUGAAUGGAAUGUGCAACAAUACCAGUAUUCCUUCGUCAUCAUCUGAGAUGGCAGACUAUUUAACGAAGUACACAGUAAUUGGCUCCCAGGAGCAGCGUCAGAACUAUAAAAACGACUUCAAUGCCGAGUACAGUGAGUACCGGGGCCUGCACGCGAGGAUAGAGGGUAUCACCCGACAGUUCACAGUACUUGACGCUGAGCUCAAACAACUCCAGCAAGGCACAGAAAAGUACAAGACAAUCCACAAUCAGAUACUCCAAGAAUAUCGUAAAAUAAAAAAGACUAAUCCAAACUAUAGCCAAGAGAAGAACCGCUGUGAAUAUCUCCACAACAAACUGGCACAUAUAAAGAAACUUAUAGCCGAGUACGAUCAACAGCACAUUCAAAACUGGCACUAGUUAUACUUUUUUUUUCUGCACCCCCCCCCUUGUUUUUUCUUCUUCCUGGAAACCAGGCAGAGAAAGGAAAACUCUGGAUUCCGCUUGCUCUAAAAAGUACUUACGAAAGAUGCUUUGAAGGGAGUAUUCCCCUCAUUGGGGCCAAAAGCACUAGUGAGGACUAAUUAGACCAUAUGAUCUUUUUUGUCUUUCUCACUCUUCUGUUGCUCAUUUGAAGAUGGGACUGUAGCUGGUUUGGUAAUGCCCCACUAUGUAGCUACACUGCAUCCAGGAAAAGAUCCUGUGUGGCUUUUCUUUUUUCUUUUUUUUUUCUCCCCCUCUCGGUUACCCACCCAACCUCCCCUGGUAGUGCACAGAGGUCUCUCAAAGUGUAGACAUGGAACCGGUCAACUUUGGAGAUCUAGUAAUCUCUCCCAGUUUGCAGUUCGGAGGGAAGGGCGGGGGGGGGUGACACUGAAAAUGGGGUCUAUGAAUUGUUUGCCAGAUGCAAAUGGUUUUGUUUGGAGUACAGAAAGAGAAAAAUAGAUGAGCCGAACUCCCCCCUCCCAGCCCGUAUAUUCAAAUGGACUGUUCUGAUGUUGAACUUAUUUUACUGUUGUUUUUUUUUUUCCCCUUUUAUAAUUUAUUUUGACAUUCAUAGGGGUAGUGAGUCUCUUAGAAUUUUACGCUCCUCUCAAUAGCAGUACUAUAAAGCCGUUUCUCUUGUUUUGUGUCUUCACAUCUUGAAUGUCAGCCAGUAUUUAAUUCAAAAGCUGCCUUGGUCAUCAGCUAUUCAUUUGCUGCGGUUGAUUGUUUUGUUUUGUUUUUUUUGUUUUUUUUUUUCUUCCUUUCAAAGAGAUAGAAACAUCCCUGUUGAUUAGAUGAAGACAACACUAUUAAAUGUACGCGGUCAGGCACAGAUGCCUGUGCUUGGCUUUUCUUAAAACCAUGUGCAGAUGUCUUACCGGGGUGACGUGUGAGAGCCGCCGUUACCUCAGAUGCUGUUAGCAACACACACCUGAGCGAUAACCGUGGCUGUGAAACACGGUCCCCUCCAUCAGUUACGACGAGCCGCGACGCUUCUUCGUCACAUGGUUCAAGCGGUGGUCCUUGAUUUUGGCUUUUCACAUAUUGCGUCACUCGGGAUGUAACACGGAUUUAUAUGCAGCCCUGUCGAUUGGUUGUCUAUCGAGUCCAGUCCAUGACAAUUUAAGUUGCGGUUAAACUUAUAAGUUAUCUGAGCAGUAACAUUGCCAGCCCGCAUCAUGCUUCAAGAAAGAUCAUUUAACUGAAAGAUGAUGUGGAUAUGAUUGUAGCAUAGAUCCGCGGCAUUGCGAUCCUUUUCAACAUCGCAGUGUGCCGAAAUUUCGUUUUUUUGGAACCAGAGAUUGGAUACCCAACAGAAGUUACAGUCGCUGUAACCUUUAGAUAAUACUUAAGAUUUUUUGUUUACAGUGUUUAUAAAGAUGAUUAGAGCUUCUUGUUUUGUCCGCUCAUCCUCCACAUGGUAGCCAUCAAUAUGACUGUUAAGGUGCUGUCAUCCUUGCAUAGUCUUUCAGGUGGGCCGGAGUCCUCCACCAGCAGUCUUGUGGCGUUUUCACACUGGCCAAAAAACCUGCUAACAUCCGCCUUUGGUCAAUGUAACAUUCACCACCCAAGGCAAAUGUUAGCGGGUUUUUUCAGCCAGUGUGAAAGGGGUAUUAGUCUGCUUGGUAGACCUACUGCAGGGCCCCUGCUCCUAAGGCCUCUUAGAGAACCAUGCACAUCCAUGAUCAGAUUUGCCUUUUCGAACAUGAUGAUCAGUAUUUACAAGGAUUGCUUGGUGGCUCAUUGUGGAUCAGUGUUCUUCUCCAAUGAGUGUUGGGAAGAAAUUUAAAACAUGUCCAAAGUCAGAUUAGACGCACUACACCAGUUGUCACAGACCUUAACAAAAAAAACAAAAACAAAAAACAGAUGAUUAGGUUGAGUUUGGUUUAGUUAGCUAAUGCCUUAUGCAUAGCAACCUUUUUUAUGGGGAUAUAGGACAAUUCAGCACUUUCCUUGCUAAUCUUGCUGUUUAGUCCGAUUGAAAUUUUUUCUUUGUCCAUUAGAGUGCAUGCGGUAUGAAUGUGUUAAAAUGACCAGUAUUUGUACCUUUUACUUGAAACAACUGCCCAAGGACAUGUACGUUUAAGCAAAGGCCUAGUUCAACUGUAUUAAUAUGGAAUUGAUUAGACAUGGCUCUGACCAGCAUGUGUACCAAAGUGCUUACCGAGUUGGAUUUAACCAAAACCCUUUUUCUCAAGACGCUGGCAAAAGAAGUUAAUCCAUUUCACAGGAUUCCCUGCUUACAUUUUUAAUUUUAAGUUAUUUAUUUUUAAUCUAUGUUUUUAAUAUUCUCACCCAAACUGUUUGUUCCGAGAAGAGAGAGGGCUCUCUCCCUCACCUCCGAUGAGAUUUGCAUGACUGGGCUCAGGCGUUUCGAUGGUAUUGCAGAGGUUUCAUUCUCUCAUAAUGCAAAACACUACAACAUGGCCAGCGUUCAGAUAUUCUGAGAUCCAUCACGGCAGUGCUGAAUUACUACUGGGUCUAUACCGAGGUUGGAACUGGGACUUCAGGACGUCUGGCUUGGGAAAGGAAAAGAGGAGGCCGUGGGAGUGGAGGAGGUGUCAAUGUGAAUGUCCGGUGAACAAGAGCAACACCCAGUACGGCCAAAAGAAAAGCCUUCUUUUCACUUUUCUUUCUGCGUGUAUUUUUUUUUCCUCUAGAGACAUUCUAAUAUGAUUGCUGUAUUACACCUCUAUCAUGGUCAACAUCCAUAGGAAUCAAUUCUACAUCCGAAGAGAUGGUAACAACAAAGGAAACUUUUUUUUUUUUUUUUUUUGCUCAGAUAUGGAGCAAAUUGUUUGGCAGUGAACACAUGCCAGCACAGGAAUACUAUUGUAUGAGUUGAUUGUGCCAAAUGACCAGUUUGUAAAGGUUUUUGUUUUUUCUCUGAUUAAAUACAUGCUGCUGUAUAAGCAAAGAGGGCUUUGGAGAAGAGUCGUCUGAGAUGUUGUCGCUAAAACCCAAAGCACGCUUUUUGAAACCAUAAGGGACUGGGACUGAAAUCGAUUUUUAUUUCAAUAAAAUUCUUUAAAAUCCUCAUUUGUGAAAUUCUGA